AUGUCGAGCGAUGAAUGUCAACAAAUCCCUCGAUUAAAGGCUUCAAAAAUUCGAAAUCAUCGAAGUAAAAUUUCAUUAGAAAAAGAAGAGGCGAGAGAGAGAAGAAGAAAUUCUGUGGAACUACAAAACACAUUUUUUCUUGAUAUGCAAAGCACUUAUAUGAGGCAACCUAAUUAUUUUAAUGGGUUACCCGCAGAUUGGAGAUUCAAUUUAGAGAUCGUUCAACAGCCUAUUCGAGCUCGUGCUUGCGGUUAUGGUAAUAAGGAUUAUCGAUCGAUUUCUCCUCCGAUAUUUAUAAAAUUGACGGUCUUCAAUUCCUCUGGUCCCGUGAACAUUGAGAACGUUGAUUCUCAAUUUUUUCAACUUCAUGCUAGUCUCCAUGAUCUAGAUUCUGCAAAUUGCACAACCGUCUGGGUGAAAUCUUCAAACCCGCAACAUUCUCAAGAAAAAGUUCUCAACCUUAUUGGUUGUAGAAGUGAAAUUUGUCAUAUUUAUACAGAUGAACAUGGAAUUAAAGGACUCUGGUUCAUCUAUGCGAACCUCGGUGUUCGCACAGAGAAUGAUUAUUUUCUAAGAUUUCAAUUGUUUUACCUUGGAUGGGAAGGAUUUCUGAAUAUGGGCUCUAGCCCAAUAAAAGAAUUGGCUUCAAUUGAUUCUGCCAAAUUUAAGGUUUUCCGGAAUAAACAAUUUCCGGGCGUUGUUGAAUGUUCGCAGCUUACAAAGUGCUUUGCAAAACAAGGUGCUAACAUUCCUUUAAGAAGUGAACCUGAAAAGGUCAAAAACACUUCUAGUGAGUACGAAAUAGUUGAAACAAAUGAUACAAGUGAUGUCGAGAAGUCUUCUUCAUCGAGUCAUAAAGAAAAAGACAGAAAAGGAAAAUAUAAUUCGUAUAGUAUUGAAAAUUUAAUUCAUCGAAACUAA